GAAAGCAGAGUUUAUUAAGGAAGUUAAUACCGGCUGGCUCCAGGUCAUCCUCUCUCUCAAUGUACCAGUAGUUCUAAGAGAAGGGUAGCAUGGAGUUGAAAGAUUGGCUUUCUCCUAAGGAUCUUUGGCACGCGAUGAACGACGAAGAACUAAUGUGGAGAGCUUCAAUGGUGUCUCAAAUUAUGGAGUACCCUUUUAAUAGAACUCCAAAAGUGGCAUUCUUGUUCUUAACAAGAGGAAGAUUGCCAUUGGCACCACUUUGGGAGAUGUUCUUUAAAGGACAUGAAGAGUUGUUUUCAAUAUAUCUACAUACUUCACCAGAGUUCAACUUUGAGCCUCCACCAACAUCUGUGUUUUAUAAAAGAAGGAUACCUAGCCAGGAAGUACAAUGGGGAAGAGCAAGUAUGAUUGAUGCAGAGAGACGACUUCUAGCAAAUGCACUCCUCGACAUCUCUAACGAAAGAUUCAUAUUACUCUCCGAAACAUGCAUUCCUUUGUUCAACUUCACUACAAUUUACACUUUCCUAACAAAAUCCAACCAAAGUUUCCUCGGAUUAUUCGACGAUCUGAGGAAAAUAGGUCGCGGGAGGUACAACAAACGUAUGUAUCCGAUCAUAACAAUUUCAGAUUGGCGAAAGGGGUCGCAAUGGUUCGAAGUUCAUCGCGAACUCGCCCUUAAAAUUAUCUCCGACGUGACAUAUUACCCUGUUUUUAAGAACUAUUGUACACCACCUUGUUAUAUGGACGAACAUUACUUGCCAACAUUAGUGAACAAAGUUUGUCCUAAAUUAACGUCGAAUUGGAGCGUUACAUGGGCCGAUUGGUCGGCUGGCGGUUCGCACCCGACAACAUUUUUGAGGAAAGAUGUAACGGAGGAGUUUUUGGAUAGUGUUAGGUAUGGGUCCAAUUGUAGUUAUAAUGGAGAGUUGAGUUCAAUUAGUUUUCUUUUUGGGAGGAAGUUUCAUCCUAGUACUUUGCAACCUUUACUUAGGAUUGGACCAAAGUUGUUUGGUUUUGGAUAGGGGUGGGCAUACUUUGGGCAAAAUCGAAAUUCAAAUCGAAAUCCAAAUUUUUUGGAUUUUUGGUUUGGAUUUUUGGAUUACGGAUUGGACUUUGGAUUUAAUUUUUAAAAUUUUUGGAUUUCGGAUUGGAUAUUGGAUUUAGUACUUCGAAUUUAUGGAUAUCCGAAAAUCCGAAAUUCUUA